UUUCCCGCCAUGUUUACAAGUUGCCGUAAUUAAUCCCUCAUUUCUUUUUAGCUUGGAAAUCAAAUUUCAAAAACAAAGCCCCAUCAAUGUCGACACCGCAGCGAUUCUCCGAUGCCAGAAAUGAUUCUUCCAAUGCUUCACCUUCAAUCCCCGAUUUUCCUCUCCAAGGCUGCUCAAAUCGCAGUGAAGAGGCUGCGAUGUUUCGCACUGCUAUGGGAAAGCCCGUUCGAGUAGGUCAAUCUUCCAUCGCAAAAGCUUUAUCUCUCCUCGGCAACGAUGCUGAUGCUAACGGCGUCGUUCCACAAGGGGAGGAGAAUGAAACAGAUGAUAGUUGCAGCUUCUCAAAUUCUCUGUUCACAACAGGUUCCGGAAAAGGAGUUAAUAUAUCUUCUAGUGGUAUGGAUAGAGCAAAGUCAUUACUGGGAUUGGAACAACACACUGUUGGUGGUAACUUCCAAAGCCCCGACUAUACUAGAAAAUCAGAUGUCAUUGAUGAAGCACGUGAGAUGCAACACUCAUCUCAUUUACAGAAACAUGAAGUUGUUAACAGUUCUAAGACAAUGGAUCGUGCAUUGUCUCAAAGCCCUUCAGUUGAUAGUAGUCAUGCAUCGAAGAAUGAUUUUAAAUUAAAAGUAGUUCAACCAGAUUGCUAUACUCCUCUGGUUAAAGAAGCUCCAAUCAAAUUCCACACUGCAGGGGGAAGAUCUGUAUCUGUAUCUUCUGGUGCGCUACAACGUGCAAGGAGCCUUCUUGGUAAUCCAGACCUGGGAGAUUUCAUUAGUGGAGGAGAUGCUGGUGACUUAAUUUUAUCAUUUCCAAAUGAGGCACAAGGUAACACGCCUUCAUCUUGUCUUACAAGUGAUUGCAAUACUCCAUCAGUCCAUCGAAUAACAUCACAGGGAAAUUAUACGGCACAAAGUUUUGCGCAUCCCUCGUGUUCUUCUGUGAAAAAAGAAUAUUCCACCAAGUUUCUUCGUGAAGGUACUGGAAAUAACUUAAUCAUGAAAUUUGAUGCUGUUGUGAAGGAAAGUGAAUAUAGCACAAAAAUUAGCAACUGUGGGCAAGAACCAACUAACAGUCAUUCUUUGCCAAAUGGCUUAUCUUCAAAAGUAAAUCCACUUGGAAUGUCAUCAAGAAAGCCACUAGCUGCUAUUUCCUGUAACAAUAACAUACUGAAUACAAGCAGACAGCCUGCUGCUAGUGAUAAAAGGAGACUAGGAUCACGAGUAGCUGUUUCUCCCUUCAAACGGCCUCGUAUUUCCAAAAUUUCUGUUCCUUAUGACCAGGAUGUUGGAGUUUUCUCUAAUGGUUUGUCUGAGUUAUCUUCUGAAGUUUCUGGAUGUAACAGAAGGGUUUCUACCCGAUACCCAUUUCGGCAUCAAAGGAUGCAGGUCAAGGAAUUCUUUGGAGAGCCUACAUUCAGGCAGAAGGUUAGGCAGGUGAUAUCAUUCAAUGCCGAAAAGUACAUGUUCCAUGAUGGAUCUACUCAAAAUAGUAUGGGAGCAGAGGAUUUUGUCCAUCUAUUGGCUCAGCAUGGGGCUUCCACGCAUUUUGCUUCUAAUGAUUGGGUGAAGAAUCAUUACAAGUGGAUUGUAUGGAAACUUGCAUGCUACGAGAGAUGCUGUACUGCAAGACCUGUAAAAUUUUUGACAGUAUCAAAUGUGCUUGAGGAACUGAAGUACAGAUAUGAAAGAGAAGUCAACCAUGCACACCGAUCUACAAUCAAGAGAAUCCUUGAAGGGGAUGCACCGCCAUCUUCAAUGAUGAUUUUGUGCAUUUCUAGCAUUCACUCUGAUCACUUUACAGAAAGUGGGAAGUUUGUUGAGAAACAAACUAUGGACCAGAGCAGUGAAGUAGUAAAAGUUGAACUGACUGAUGGAUGGUAUUCUGUGAAUGCCGUUUUAGAUGUUCCAUUGUCAAGGCAACUUGCUGCUAGGAGAUUGUUUGUGGGACAGAAACUUCGGAUCUGGGGAGCAAGAUUAUGUGGCUGGGAUGGGCCAACUUCGCCGCUUGAGGUUUCAUCAUCAGCAGUUAGUUUAUUGUUGAACAUUAAUGGAACAUGUAGAGUUCAUUGGGCUGAACGAUUAGGAUUUUGUAAGGCGGCUGGUCCACCUUUGGCUUUCAGAUGUAUAAAAAGCAAUGGAGGUUUAAUCCCUCAAACUUUGGCAGGAAUCACCCGCAUAUAUCCUAUUGUUUACAAGGAAAGGUUGAGCAAUGGGCAGUCUGUUGUUAGGUCAGAGAGGAUGGAGAAUAAAGCGAUGGAGGUGUACAACCAGAGACGUUCUGCUGUUGUGGAAAGCAUCAUCUCAGAGUAUCAAAAGGAAAGAAGCGGUCUGCAUACUUAUGAUGACUGUGAUUCAGAAGGGGCCAGGAUUCAUAACAUGCUGGAGACUGCUGAAGAACCUGAAUUCCUAAUGGCAGAUAUGAGUCCAGAGCAGCUUAAAUGUUUCUCUGCUUAUAAGGCCAAAUUAAAUGCAAUCACACAGUCGGAGCAGGAAAAAUCAACUGAUAAAGCUCUGAAAGAUGCUGGCCUGAGUCACAGAGAUGUCACACCAUUGAUGCGCAUACGGGUGGUUGGAUUAACUUAUAAAGGUCGCCAAGACAAGCGUAUAGAAGGCAUAGUAACAAUCUGGAAUCCUACAGAGAAGCAGUGUCAGGAACUGGUUGAGGGAGAAUCAUAUGCAAUUUCAGGACUUACACCAAUUUCAGGAUCUGAUUUAGAUAUCCUUCGCUUGCAGACUAGAGGAUCUUCCACCAAGUGGUUGCCUCUAUCUUCUAACACAAAGCAACAGUUUAAGCCAUUUUUCAUUUCUCGAAUAUCAGCCUCAUUGUUAAGUUUUAGUUGCAUCUCACUUUCGAGUGAGUUCGAUAUCGCUGCAUAUGUUGUGCAUGUGGGAAACACGUAUGUGUCAAAUCAUCAGAAAAAACAAUGGGUUUUUGUGACUGAUGCAUCCGCCGGGAAUGGUUUUCGAGCAGACAACUACUCCAACUCUUUACUUGCCAUUUGCUUUUGCUCUCCCUCAACUGAUUUUGAUUCAUAUCCACCUAUCAAUUAUAACCUUGCUGGAUCCACGGUUGGUUUCUGUAAUCUUAUUAAAAAAGAAAGGGAUGACAGAAAUCAUAUCUUGGUUGCUGAAGCUACUGAAAAUUCAACCUAUUAUCUGAGUUUUGAUUCUCCACAAUGUUCCCACCUCAGAAAUUCUGCCAGUGAAAUCAAAAGAUGGGCAAACAACUCUAGCUUGACAAUAGAGAAGCUUAAGCAAAAGGUGCUACUUAUUGUUGGUGAUUCUAGAAGCUAGAAGAAUAUGUUAAUGUUGCUCUUUUGCCUCUUAUAAUAGAUGUCGGAUAGUCAGCUGAAAUUUGUACAUUAAGAUCUUAGUUGAUGUCC